GAAAUAAUCAGCGCCAGCGCCAUCUAUUGGCCAUUAAAGAUUAGUCGCCGAAAAAACUUGCUGCAGUGCCUAGUGAAUUUUGUGUCGAGAGUAGAGUUGACUCUUUCAACAGGUUUGUGCUGAGAAGAGAUGGUAAUAGCAAGCGAAGCUAUGGAGGCUGAGAUGGGUGCAGGAGAUGGACCCGCUGCCGCUGCUGUUCCAGCCUCCAGGAAACCAACGCUGUCAUGGGGAGUGAAGAUCCGUAAGAAGCUGAAGACGGUGACUCCAUUCCUGGGGAAGUUUCGGCCCUUGGUGGGCCAGUGCUGCCACAAGUGCACCCCAGAGAGCCUGGGUCAGAAGCUGCUGCAGAACAGCCCCUCGCUCGGCUUCCAGAACCUUCUCAGCAUCAAUGAGACUCACACAAGGUACCGGGGUUGGCUGGUGCGUAGAGUGUGUUGUGUGCUGUUCGUGGGAGGCUGCCAUGUCUACAGCAGCAGCAGCCAGCGUGAAGACCGAUUGCACAGAGUGUGCUGCAGCAAGAGGGCAUGGAGCCUGCUGCCUGGCGUGGCCCACUCUCCGGGUGAGAGUGUCCUGAAGCAUCUGGAGGCCUCUGCCAGGGCGGGCGCCAGCAAGAUCCUCAGCCUGGCCAACGCCAGCAUCUCGCCUGCCCUGCUCCGGCUGGUAGGCUGGUUGCUGCUGAAGUUCUUUGACCUUUCCUACUGCAGUGUCCAGGUCAAUCUCAAUCAACUGGCCGCCCUGCGUCGCGCCGCCCAGAUGAAGACCCCGCUGGUGUUUGUGUCCAUACGUCAGAGUACUCUGGAUCAAGCCCUCAUCGCCCUGGUGCUGUUCUGCCACAGCCAGAGAGUGCCCUACACCAUAGCACCUGUGCAGGUCAACAGCACCUUGCUAAGGGCCAUACUCCAGAGACUGGGCGUGAUCUUGCUCCCACGUGGUGCAAUCACAGAGCAGGAUGCUGAGACGGACAGCCUCUACUCGCCUCUCAUGAGCGCCUUGACCGGGGCGCUGCUUCAGGAGGGCGAGAGCCUCAGCCUGACCCUGGCAGCGGACAGCGGGCACGGAGGCCAGUGGCUGGCACGCGCCCAGCAGGCGCUCACCGACGGGGUGGUGCCCGACGCCAACCUCGUGCCCGUGGCCGUCUCCUACGACUGCCCCCCCGACCUCUGUGCCCUCCCUCAGGGUGGUGUGAUGUCUUUUGUGCGGUCGCUAGUUGGCCUGCUGUGGAGAGGGAGGAGAGGAAGUGUGCGGAUCCAUUUUGCUCAGGCCUUUUCUCUGAAGGAGAUGAGUGACACAGGCCGCUGUGGUGUGGAUAGAGGGCGCCCCCUACAGGAGCUGCUGCUGCCUACCAUCCUUGACCACAGGUCUGAGGUGGGCUACGGGGAGAAGAGCACGUCAUGGCUGCUGCCGCCCUCCAUCAUGCCAGAGCUCCCGCCAGAGGAGAGACGGCUCACCGUCGCGCUCACACUGCACCUCGUCCACUCCACCACUUCCUGCAUGGCUGUGAUGGCCACUCAUCUCAUUUCCUGUCUCUUGCUCCACAAACACCGCAAGGGGGUGCGUGUGUCAGUGCUGUGUCGUGAGGUGGCGUGGCUGCUGGAGGAGGUGCUGUUCCGGCGGCGUGACGUGGGCUUCGCCGGCUCGCUGGUGGAGGUGGUGUACUGCGCCCUGACGCUGCUGGCGCCCCACCUGCACAUGGCCGCGCCGCCGCCCACCGCCGAGCCCCUGCUGGCCCCCGCGCGCCCGCCCCGCGCACGCCACGCGCUCGCACGCCACGCGCACGCCCUCACACACACCUUCAUCGCCGAGGCUGUCGGAGCCUGUGCGGUGUCGGCCAUGCUGAGUGAGGUGGCCUGCUGUGGUGAUAUGGGUGAGAUGGAGUUUGACGUGGCGCUCUGCCAGGAGGAGCUGACUGAUAGAGCCCUGCAGCUCACACACCUCCUGCCUGCAGGGUACAUACCGCCGUGUCAGUCUGCUCAGAGCUUCGCCCUGGACGCUGUGGAUAGUCUGGUGCGCUGUGGCAUCCUCAUCAUGGAGGAGGUUCCACGAGACACACCGGUGUGUGACAUCAUGAAGAGGCAGGGGACACUGACGUGGAACGCUGCAGAUGAAUCCGAUUACAGCGACUCCGACUGUGGAGAGCAGGAAGCUCGCUCUUACAAGUUAAGUCACCCUACCCAGUGCCCAGACAUGCUCUUCUUCCUCUGCAGUCUCCUGAGUGUCCAGUUGAGGGCGCUGUGCUGGGCCAUCAAGGGCUUACACCUGCUGCCCACCCCGGUGCCAGCGGCCCAUUGUGUGACUCUGCUUCAUGCCCAUGUGCGGAACCUAGCCAACCUGGACAGAGGUCACCAUGAGAGCUCUUCCCUGGAUCUGGUGAAGACAUCAGUGCGUACUCUCAUGGACCUUGGGGUUCUGACUGAGGAAAGUGAGAACGGCCACGUUUAUCUGGAUCUGAGCCCACAGUUCCAGUUAACAGAGAACAGGGAGAAGCUGCACAAGUUUGUCUCCCAACAUCUCUACAAUUAGCACUAAUCGCGCACACACACACACACACACACACACACACACACACAAGCCAUUUCGGCAGUGCAGCAUCAUCCUUUGAAAGGAUUGCCGUGAACAGAGACAUUUGCAAUUUUGAAGCUCAUGAUUGUUUCUUUGUUUCUUUGUUUUUGAGAGUUGAAGCCUAGCCAAAUGCUCCACCAUUUUAAGUUUCCAAGUUUUAUCUUUCAAAAUGACUACACCUGUUUCUCUAGAGCAGUGAAGUUUAAUGUGUCUCUAUUUUAUGUACCCUGUUGCCGGGUGACCCUGGACAAUCUGCUCUGUUGCGUUAACCACUAGUGUAAUAAAUCCAUGACAGUG